CUGCGUUUCCCAGGAGUGAGGGAGGUGAUGACAAAAAUGAUAGAGAUGGUGAGGAGGGACAGAAGGAGAAGAAGAGAGGCAGCUGACUACAAGAAGUGAUUUCUCUUCCUGUGGAUUCAGUGUUUCUUGAAAGGUUAGUGACAUGUACAGCAAACUUUAGGGAAGGGAUCAUUCUGCUCCUGGGGUUUCAACACAACUCACUCUUUCUGUAUGACUUUAAAGUCUUCUGAGUUGUCUGUAAAGCUGCAUUUGCAUCGCAAACAGUGAUAAUAUGAGCCCACCUCCCAUGAAACAUAGAAUUUGUGAACUUCAGGUAAGGAAUAACUAAUUGGAUCGAUAAGAAUAUCAUCUGAUGUCAUAGGAGGAAUUAAAGCUCUGAACGUAUGGAAUGAGAUCAGGUGUUUGGUGCUGAAAACAGAUAGUUAAAAAGUGAUCUAUGGUGUGAAUGGGAGGGCAAUUCUUAUAAGGAGAAAGAGGAGAAGAAAAAGAAAGUUAACCCCUUCAUUGCUAUGUUGUUAUUGUUUAGUAAAAAGGUUAAUUUUAGAAUGUGUGAAAUAAUUGCUUCUGGGUGUCAAGUAUUUAUAGUUUAACACUCAUGAACAUAUCUGGAGUAUAUAAUGAGGUGAACUUGUUUGCAAUGAUAGUUUGCUCAUAAAAGUGUGCACUACUAGUUAUAUUUAAAGUGACACACACACACAAAAGUUUAGAUUUUUUCAAGUUUAUUUUUGCAGACUGACAGCAAUGCUGGUAGGCCUGUACAAUUCCACAUGGUUCUUUAAAAGUGACAGUACUACAAGAGUGUAGUAUUGCUGAUGGGGGUGUGUCAGCUAGAGGGGAAUUAAAAAGUGCUCUUGAGCCUGAAGUACACUGUGUUGUGCAAUGUCACAAAAUAAACACUAAUGUAACUGAAAAACUGCAUUAUCUGGUUGCUUACCGAUUUCUGAUGAGAAGAUCUCCGUCCCCAGGCACUGGCACGGGGGCAUCGGGAAUUAAGGUAACUGCCUUUUUGAAGUUAGGGCUGAGCUCGGUGACCACCAGCUUUUUCAUAGAACUGGGGAUAGAGGAGCCGUGAAAAUCCACAAAGUGGUGGGAAUAGGACAUGUCCACAAUAGGCCGAGCACCAAAUGAGUGACAGAUCACAGGCUUUGGUUUUAUAUGCUGCCAACCUUGACCCAGCAACCUGAAGCCUGCCUUAGUGCGAAGGAAACUCAUGACAGGCUCUGCACUUUGCACUCUGAGCCGUAUCCUACUGCAGCUUGCUGACUACACACAGGCCGGAUCAGGCACCCAGCCUGCUGCUGCUGUUCAGGCAAAGGGAAGCACUGUGCAAAAGAAACAAAUAAUUAGGCGGGUCUCUCAAUGCAAAACUGACACAGCCUUGCUAUUGCCUGCGUUCCCUCCCACCCCUUUCUUUUCCAAGCCCUUAGGAAGGAAAGUGGAAAAAAAAUCCAGUAGAUAGAAAAGCGGCCAAAUCCCCCGGAGCUGAUCUUCUCCAGCACCGUCACUAAAAUGAAACAGGAAGAAAGUUGAGCUCUGGCUCUCAGCCCCGCACUGUCUGCAGCCUGUUUUUAACCAGAGCACACACAGCAGUACACACACUUUACAGCGCAGCCAGUGCUUUCAGCUUUCAACUCUCCUGCUACACCCCCGGAACAUGCUUCCAGAUAAUAUCUUAACUGAUUGGAAUAAACAUUGUUUACCUUUUAGAAUUUGCAGAACAGGUUGCCUAAUACAGAGCAAUCAGACAGUUUAGCUUUGUUUGCCUGUUUAAGUUUGUUGCCUCAGGACUUAUUGUUUUCUUUUGAUUAUGAUGUAAUAAAACAAAACACUUGAAAAUGUUCUUAUAGAAAUCUAUCCCUCCGUGAGAAACACUGGGAAAUGUUUAUUAUAUAGCAUGCUGCUUUUAACCAAGUCCUGCCAAGUAAAAGUAUCAUUACAAGCAACUAGCAUACAAUGAGUUAAGUCAGCAAAUUCAUGGAAGGGAGAGAGGGUUAAACAGAGAAACUGGAGCAUAAUGUAUGGUGUGAUUAUUUUAUGGUGCUCAGGAGCAAUUGCCUGCACUAGAUAAGUCCCUCCUCUUCCCAUGUGAAAUGUUCACUUCCCUAGCAAGGUGAUACAAAUCAACCCUGAGAAGUCUGCAGCUGGGGAAGCCUUUUGUACAGGGAGGUGGAAACCUCUCCACAUCAAAGAGAGACUGUUGUGUGGGGCCAAGCCAUAGAAGAAUGCUGCACGUGUCUGAAUGGGCAAGCCGAGAGUGCAAUUCAAGUGUCCUCUACACCAACCCCCCCAGAGAAACCCCUGCUCUGAAAAGAGACCUGAGCAAUAUGUUCAUUUACGUAUUCAUUUUUAAAGCUUGGCACUCAGUUUCAUUCUUGUAUUAACCAUAAAUGGUAGUAGAUACCUGGAACAGCCACCCAGUGGAAGUCAAAAAGGCUAUUCAAAUUAAAGAAUUUUAAGAAUUUCUAAAAGCCAUUUGUAAUGUUAAAUAUUCAAUAUAAGUGCGUCUGAGGUUUCAUUAUUAUAUGUAUAACAGAUAUAUAUUAUAUUUAAAAGACUAUACUGUGUGAUUGGUUUAUUGUUGGUGUGUGCAUAUAUAUAUAUAUAUAAACAAACAUUCAUAUAUAGAGAGGACACAUUGAAUUAGAGUAUUUAACACUGUAUGUGAUUUGAAAAAAGACAUUAAUUAUUAAUCACUCUGGUUCUGAAAGGGUGUAUUCUUUUAAUAUGAUUUUAAAUUUUGUUUCAUUACCUCUUUCAUACAUUUCCAAUUACAUGUGAUUCAAAUAAACCAUUAAUUUAAUAUGUAUAUAAAUAAACUAUUCCGUUUAUUAUUCAUAGAACAAUUGUACAGCGCUACGGAAUUUGCUGGCGCUAUAUAAAUAAUAAAAUAAUAAUAGCAACUGAAAGGUAUGACAAUAAAUUGUCUAAAAGACUUUUUGUUACACAGUACAUGUAAUUCUGCUAUUAAUUAACCCACUGUGCACUGAUGGAAGUAAAUGUACCCAUUAUAAAUCCUUGCAUACAGGAUCACAUUUCCAUGGUAGCUGAUUUGCCUUGCAGCAUAGUUAAAUGUGUAUAUGUAAAAGAAGAUUAAAAUCUUCUAAACUCAAUUCAGUUUACAUUGUGUCCCUAUUUAAUUUUUUUUAACACUUGAGUAAAAAAAAAAAACUGUAUGUAUAAUAUUUUUUGUUACAAUGAAUUACUCUAUUUAUAUAUUAAUUUAAUACACCACAUCUAAAAAACAACAACAAUGUAUGUGAAUAUAAACAAGAAGUGUGUAUGUGUAUAUUGAAAGAUACAGAGAUGAAUGUGUAGAUUAUGCAUGUGUGUGUGUUCUAGCAGUUUGCAGCUAGAAUCCAAAAUAACAGUCAUUUAACCCUUGGAGUUCCAGGGUACCAAAGAGGUUAAUUUAAGCAUUAAAUCUAACCACUCAGUGAAAUGUUGCCUCUACUCACUUAUUUAUAAAGACUUCUUUUAACAUUGUCAUGUUGUUUAUCUUUAAAGAGGCAGGGAGGGGGGAGAGAGACACAGACAUGGUAAAAAUGAAAACAAAGCAAUUAAAUAGAUUGACAGGUGUGGUUUGUGUGAGAUCUAUAUGAAAGUGUCAGGGUGACGUUGGCAGCUGGGGGAGGAGUCACUUAGUGAAGCAGGAAAAGCAGCUCGAUGUGUCUGUCUAUCAGUUGAGACUGUCUGAGAAGCCCUGGGAUCUGAGUGUGUGUGUUAUAUUACACAGGGAAAAAAAAGGAAAGGGACGGUGGAUCUCCUCCUCUCCCUGGAGUUUAUACACAGCCCGUGAUCAUUUCUCUCCAAUACAAUGAAAAUCCAUUUUUUUUGCAAACUGUUUUAAAUAUACAUUUGCAACAACUGCAUUUUUGCUUGCUUUUUGUUGCAGAUCAUGACCAUAAAUAUGGCAGUUUUGAGAAGGCACUCUACCUGACAGCACUCUUUUUUUAAUGAAUGAUACAUGGUGGUGGUGAAGAAGAAGAAGAAUAGAAAGUAAUAUCCGGGGAUGCUGGAAGGUGGAGAAGCUACCCAGUGUAUGUAUACCUCUGUCCUUUUUGUUACAUUCCUGAUCUGCCAUUAAAUGCUUAAGAGGAGAGGACACACGGGAAUCAAUCGGGAAGAGAAAAAGGAGAAAUGAAACAAGCCCUGGCAGUCCAUUGCAAACACAGACCCACAAGCUGAAGGCAGAGGGGGAAAAGUUGCUGCUUUUGAGACUCUUGUUUGAUCUCGGAUAAAGGCUGUAGGGGGAGUGACUGCACUUACCAUCUUAUAGGGGAGCAGCCAGUGAACAAUUGUGUGGAGAACACGGACAGAAAGCAUGGAUCUGGACUGCAGCUUGAUGUGAUCUUCUGGGUGUCAUUCUGAUUCCGGGGCUUAAUUUGACAUCCGAUUCUUAGGCAAGCAGAGAUUAAAAGCAGAAUUGCCACUAAAGAUAAAUCAUUAUGACAAAGAAGAACUUGGUCUGAAACGGCAUGUAAACGUGUGUUCGGAUUUUGUGCCAAGCUGCCCUCACAGGACCCCCCCUCAACACAGGGAGAGGCAAGUCCGGCACAUCUGCCUGGGGUUUAACACCCAUCUCAACUGAGUUCAUCUCCUCUGCCCCACACACUGAGAAAAAGCAAAAAGUUUUCUUUUUCUUUCUUUUCUCCCACGCACCUCCUAUCUCCUUAGCCGGCCUCUUUUUUUUUUUUCCUUUUAUCUAUUUUUUUUUUUUAUUGCCUCGUGUCCUGCAUGAACACAGAGGGAUUGGAGAAGCCCUGCGGAAGCCCCUCAGCUGCGCCAGCAGGAUGCCCAGGAGAAAGCAGCAAGCACCAAGGCGCUCAGCAGGUACUGUGCCAUUCACCAUGCCCUCAUCUAUACCCUCCUUUCCUUCCUUUCCCUCCCUCUCAUUGUCCACAUAAACAAAUAUCCCAAGGUAGAACCACUGGGAGGAGGGGUUAAGCGGGCGAUGUUAUUUUUUAUAUAUAUAUAUAUAUAUAUAUAAAAGCAGUUAAAAU